AAAUGACAGAGCUGAGGUGCUGCAGGUGAACCCAGCUUGAUAAGGGUUAAGUUUACAUUUGCUCCACGCUUAAUUUAUUUAUUAUCUGCGUCAGUGGCAGCCUCUGAAAGAAAUAUAAAGGCGGCUGAGCGAAGCCGGAGAGAAAAGCCCAGCUCGUCUCAACCAGCAGCACACCUUGACUCAUUCUCGCACUCAGCAUGCAGCUCCUGGCCAGUGUGGCAUCGCUUCUACUUGUCUUGUACUCCGUGAGAGGCGCCGCGCUUCUACCUGGAGAGGAGAGACCGGCACUGCACGCCAACCAGGAGCUGAAUAAGGAGCGGAAGGAAAUCAUUCUGAAGUUGGUUUCGGGAUUAUUAGACGGAAUGGACAGUUCAGUGCUGGUGGGAGACAUGGCCUCAGUGGACCUUGACGAGCCCUUGGAAUCCCGAUUGGAAGAGCGGGCGGUGUACAACCGGCUAUCACAACUUCCUCAGCGAGAUCGCAAAGCUCCUUGUAAAAACUUCUUCUGGAAAACGUUUACAUCCUGUUAACAGGCGCCCGCCCGCUACCAUCCGCCGUCUAAAAGAGAUGGACAGCAUUUACUGUAAAUAGCAAGCGAUGCUUUCAGUUUUGGUGGACCUUAACCAUUCUGUUUGUUUAUUGCAUCAGAAAUAAAGCAUGAAUCUGA